UAAUAUUACGAUGUUCCAAAGUAGACCGGAAAAAAAACUUCAAUAGAGCUUCCCAUACGGACACCUACCCAAUUUCGUCCUCUUCCAUCGAACUCCGAAUUGAAACCAAUCCUUAAUCCAAUACUCGCAAGAUGGGUAUCGAAUUCGUGAUGCAGCUGCUCUACGGAACGGCGCUUCUGACUGCAAUCAUGGUGGCUCCUUUGGUCACGCUGGAGCUAGACGUGGUCGUGAACAAAAGUGACCAGCACACCACAAAAACUGGCUAUUUGCGAGUUUUGAUUUACGUAAGCGUUUCACUCGUGCUGACCGCCAUGGCAUUGAUGCCCCACCUGGUGACCUCGGCGGGUUGGCGAAAACGAAAUUCGAUGAAGAUGUUCCUGGCAAUGCUUCCCUGGAUGCUGCUGUGCUGCAUUCAGUUCCUAAUAAACUCGAUGCUGCAGCUCAAGGAGAUUUUCAACGUGGCGAGCGGGAGACGCCAAAAGGACUUGGUCUACGCCCUGUGCUUCUACUGCGCCUUAUUUGGCUUGGCCCUGGAGCAGAUGCUCCACUGGAACGUUGUUUACCAUUUGAUGACCGACGGGAUAAUAACAAGCAUCUUCAACGUCCGACUGCCGUUAUUAGUGGCCUAAGUUGGCAGACCGAUUUCACUAAUAUAACAAUACUCGUACUCUAUUAUACUAUUAUAUAAAAUUAUUAUCUUAACCAUAUUCAUUUGAAAACAUUAGGUUAUUCGAAUCGAAUAACAGUAGUUUGCUCAAUUCAAUCAUAAACUAUUAACAAGCUGUGCUUCACAAAA